AUGUCUCUUACUUCCAACACAGAAUACCAUCUUCCUUUGUAUUUAAUAGAUAGUCCGUUUGAAACAUUAUCCAAGCAAUCUACCUCUCCAACACUUCCAUCAGCUUGGAAUCGCAACGAGUCUAUUGAAUUGAUACAAGUAGGAAAGAACGGAUUAAGGGCCAAAUAUAUUGGCGGGGGAAGUGAUGAUGCAGCUAUCAGAACAGAUUAUCCCAUACCACGAGAAUGCGGCUUGUACUAUUAUGAAGUCGAGAUAAUCAACAAAAGCUUGAACGGGUAUGAUCAAAUAUUGAGAGAAUACAUUGGAAUUGGUUUUGCAACGAAUAGUGACUCACUUGAUUAUCCGCCAGGAUGGUACCCUAAUACUAAUUCCUAUGGCUAUCACGGGGAUGAUGGGAGAAAAUUCCACGCAUCACGCAAUGAGGGGGAAGCGUAUGGCCCACCAUUUACUACUGGAGAUGUUAUUGGGUGUGGUAUAAACUUUUUAAACGGCACUGCAUUCUACACUAAAAAUGGACAUAAUCUGGGCAUUGCUUUCCGAGAUAUCGAGGGAGACUUUUAUCCGAUUAUAGGUCUUAGUGCUUUUAACGAGACAGUUGAGGCUAAUUUCGGCCAAGAUGAAUUUGUGUUUGAUGUUGUUAAAUAUGCAAAGGAACUUUUUGCGGAAACUAAUGAGAAUGAGGCUAUUGCUGCGACGAAUGUCAUAUCCAGUGAC